AUGUUUGCAAUAGGCAACUGCGGUGGCCCUUUGAUCCUUCGUCUCUAUUUCAUCAAUGGCGGUCAAAGACUUUGGCUUUCUAGUUGGUUGCAAACUGUUGCCUGUCCCAUUAUUCUCAUCCCUUUAACCAUUUCCUAUUUUCAUCGCCGGAAAAUUGAGGGACCGGCGGCUAAAGUAUUCUUUAUAACUCGACAAGAACUCAUCGGAGCUGCUGGCGUCGGAAUCAUCGCCGGUCUUGAUGUUAAGCAAAAAUUGACGGUGUAUUCAGCGUUUGCUGUUGUUUUGUUAAUCGCCGGAGCUGCAACUCUGGCUCUCCGACUGAACGGUGACCAGCCGGCCGGUGAGUCAGCGGUCGAUUAUGUGUUGGGGUUUGUAACGACGCUUUUAGGUGCGGUUUGUUUUGGGUUGAUGUUGCCGCUUAUUGAGUUGAUUUAUACGAAGGCAAAACAAGCGAUUACUUAUACUACUGUGUUGGAGAUUCAGAUGAUUAUUGCUAUUUCCGCUACCGGUUUUUGCACCGUUGGAAUGAUAAUUAAUAAGGAUUUUCAGGGGUCGUCCGCUAUUACUGUUUCUCCUCCUAUGUCAUCUGGUUGCAAUGUAAAAAAAUUGAAGAGUAGAAGUCUACCAUUGAAAGCCAUUCAAAACUUUGCUUUUGAAAAUAGGACUUUUUGA